UCCUCUUCUGUCCUCGAUCUCCCCUAUAUAUAGCUACAUUCACAAAAUCUCUUCUCCUUACUACUCCUAUAGAAUCAAUCGUCAUGCACUCUCCACCUAGCUAUGCCAGCCAUGGCUUCUUCACCAAAGGGGGUGGAGGUUCCUCCAUGUCUUCUCCUCAGCAGGAGGAAGAAGACCACUCCAUACUACUCCUCACUCUUUGGCCCCCCGGCCAGCAGAACAAUCCUUCUUCUUGUUCCCCAUCAGCUUCCUCCUCCAGUUCCAAUUCUUGGUUCCAGCACCCUCCCUCUAAUAAGCAACACCUCUCCCAGGCCUUGAACCAGCCGGAUGAUGAAGACUCGAACGUGACCAUCGCCCUAUCUAUAGGCCCUCCCAGUGCAAGCACGGGCACCAAUGCCAGCAAUAUGAUCACCACCUCUAACUCCACCCCCACCCAGUACUGGAUCCCCUCUGCUGCCGAGAUCCUCGUCAGCACGACCCAGUUCUCCUGCACCGUAUGCAACAAGACCUUCAACCGCUUCAACAACAUGCAGAUGCACAUGUGGGGGCACGGGUCGCAAUACCGGAAAGGGUCGGAGUCACUGCGGGGAGCGACGAGGACGAUGGCUUCAUCGUCGCUGAUGAGGCUUCCAUGCUACUGCUGCGCUGAGGGGUGCAAGAACAACAUCGAGCACCCGAGGUCGAGGCCGCUCAAGGACUUCCGGACGCUGCAGACGCACUACAAGCGGAAGCACGGGGCGCGGCCGUUCGGGUGCCGGAGGUGCGGGAAGGCGUUUGCAGUGCGCGGGGACUGGCGCACCCACGAGAAGAACUGCGGCAAGCUGUGGUUCUGCAUCUGCGGCUCCGACUUCAAGCACAAGCGCUCCCUCAAGGACCAUGUCCGCUCCUUCGGCGGCGGCCAUGCUCCCCACAUUGUCGAGUCAAUGAGUGUAGACGAGGAGGAGGAAGAGGAGGAGGAGGAGGAGGGUGAGGAUGUCGAUGAGGAAGGAAAUGGAGAGAAUGGUGACAUGCUUUCUUAGUUAGUAAACUAAACAUCCAUUUUCCAAACAUAAAACCCUCAUUAGGUUAGAUUAGGCUAUAUAUAUAUAUUUAUAUAUAUGUAUGAGAGAGAGAGAGAGAGAGAGAGAGAGAGGCAUUGUCUCUUUCUGUGAGUUCUUUUCCUUUAUCUUUUGCUUUCGCUUGCUGUUCACUGGUCUGUCAUUGUGUCUUGUGCAUGAGACAGGAGGAGGAGGGAUCU